AUGUCAACGACGAUGGCGAAAGAAGCGUGUCGCAAACUUUAUCUUCAAGUUAAAACUCUUGAUCGAGAAAAGUCAGCUUUGGAAACUCUCAGUCAAUCUUUAAAUGAAGAAAAUACAACUCUGAAGAAAUUAAACGAAUCGCAUACGAAAAAUGUCGAUACGUCGAGCUCCGGUAUGUUAAGGAAUGACUUACUUGCCAAAACACUAUUUGUGCGAACUCAGGUGCUCUCCACCCCCCUCCCCUCCCCCGCCAAAAAACCCAACAAACAGCUCUUUCAGUGAAUUCCCGCGCGGAACGGGAGAGAUUAAGUAAUAAACGGAACUAUGGUAUAUCCUGUUUACUGAUCUGAUGAUAAAACUGGAAUGAACUUUGAAUACAACUUCGGAUUGAAAUUUAAAUAAAACUUGAAGGGUUUUGUAGAUGAAAUUCUCGAGUGUAAAUGUUAUACAUUUUAGAUCUAAUAUAUGGAACAUCUGCGAAGCAUCCAGCUAUAGCAGCAAAAUACCCAAAAUCUAUCUCCGAUACAGCCUGAGUGCUUUAAAAUCAACUUAUGACUCUGAAGAUGCACGGACAUGGAAGUCAAUUUGUGUUAAGUGUGGCUCUGCCCGCAGUCUUCUGUCUCUUCCUAUGUGCUGUUUUUAAUGUCUGUAUGUCUUUAUAAAAAGGUACGUUUACGCGCUGCGAUUUGUCGUGUGCGGUUUGUAUUUUGGCGUAUUAAAAUGAGUGCUGGUGCCAUAAUUCAUAAAUUACAAAUGUAGCCAGCUUACGCGUGUUUAUCAUAUGACAUACGCCAGAGGGUGAAUCGUACAGUACGCGGUGGAUCGCGGUGUGUAAACGUAGCUUUAAUAUUGUUAAUGUCUGUAUAUGUUUGUACGUUUUGUUGGUAAUUGUAAUCGCUAUUUAUUGUUAGUUGAUAUUAAACUUGAUGUAUCAUAAUGGAUCCGCAGUAAAUGGCCGUAGCUGUUGCGGUUUCCGAGCCUGCAUGUUGAGGCAAAGUGUAAUAAAAUAAAAUAAAAUAAAAUAAAAUAAAAUAACAGCCGAUCUUUAUCUGAUAUACAAACUUGAGCCGAAGGCGAGAGUUUGUAUAUCAGAUCAUGGAUAAUAAAAUAAAUGGAUUGGAAACUUCUGACGUCAUUGACUGCAUCCUUGUUGAAAAAUGUGACGUCACGCGUAUUGCGAAUGUUACCAAAGUUCUCGGCAUAUUUGUUGUUUUGCUAUAUUUUCCACUUUAAAAGGGUGAUCUUGAAGCGUAAACUGGUCUAAUUGUUUUAAAAACAUGCCUAAGCCACGACAAAGUAUUUAAGGUAAAUGUUUUUCGUCUUUGUUUUGUAUUUUUUUACAUUUGUAGCUACGAAAUUGGCGUCACAAAUUUUAACGAAAUUUGCGAUGUAUUUUUCACUGUUUAGUGCUUGAAAUAUUUGCUAAAAUUGACUGGGAAUACUUAGAGUUUUCAUCGUAGAAUGGCGUGGUUACAUUUAUUUGCUCUUUGACUAAAAUGUUUAGGUGUAUUAUUGCUAAACAUGCCGUUUUUGAGAAUUUGAUUUUCAACUAGGUUGAGGCAUUCAACCACGCCAUCAAUCCCAGUAAAAACAUUAGGUCACGUCAGCUAGUUUCCUAUCCAUUUAUUUUAUUAUCCAUGAUCAGAUAAAGAUCGGAUGCAAAUGUUUUAACGUGCUUAAAAAAAAACCCAUCUUAUGAGUUCAUUGGCGAAGUUAUUUUAAAAAUAAACAUUGUCUAAGCCGAGAAAAUCACAACCUCGUACCCAGUGUCUUUCUUCUUUGGGAGAAAAAACCCUGGUAGACGCUGGUCACGUGAUCUGCUAAAAUCCAGCAGAUUUCUAAUUAACUAUCUUGGAGAUCACGUGACCAGCGUCUACCUUGAUCUGACUUAGCAGAUCACGUGACCAGCGUCUACCAGGGUUUUUUUCUCCCCAAGAGGAAAGAUCUGGGUACGAGGUUGAAAAAUCAAAGAUGAAGUUUAUGUAAAUCAGGACAAAUCUUUAUCCGAUUUACAAACAUUGAUUAAACAUUAAUUUCUUUUGUAUUUUCAAUUAUAUAAUUCAAUUCACUUUCAAACAGGAUUUUUCAAGAGGUUUACUUUAUUUUUAACAACGUUUCGGACAGUUUUACUGUCCGUCUUCAGGUUAUUACAACUUUGUGAAUGUUGACAUGUACAAACUAAUUUAACGUUCGUUCUACGCAAGCUUAAUUUCAAACUAAAAUGCACGCGCACGCGCUGUUCACUGUUUGAAAGUGAAUUGAAUUAUAUAAUUAAUGAUGACCAGAGGUGAAAGUUUUAGAAGAAUAAUUAAAGUUUUGUAUUUUCCUCAUGAAUUAUUAAUGGUUUUUUAAGUCGAGAUAGUGUAUUAAAUUAAUCUCAUGAUCAAUGGUUCUGCUGUUAGCAGUCAAAAAUUGAUGUACAUUUCUUUCUUUCACAGGUACUUCAAUUGGUCUGUUACAAAUACAGAUUGAAGAGCUAAGACAGGAAAAUAGUUUUUUGAAAGAUUCUGGUAAGCUUAAUUAUAAGCUUAUAUGUAAAGCCCGCAAACACCGGGUUUUAUACACUCAGAUAAAAACCGGUGAAUAUUUAUUCAUCAAUUCAAUCGGAUUCGGAGGAACGGAAUCGUCACAACAUAAGAUAAUAUAUAUAGCUACUAAAGUUUGAUAAUGUUCUAAUAAUGUUCUCUGAUUUCUGCUUCUUCGUAUGUUUCUUGUGUGUCAGUUGGUCAAAUCUUGUAUUGUUUGAGUUUCUGUAGUCUUUGACUCGUGUUAGUCGAUCUAUACGUUCUCUAAUUAGAAUUGGGCUGGGUAUAGCUCCUUUUAAUAUACUUACGGUCGAGGGAAACUUUGUACAUGUGACUGAAAAGGUGGGAUGAUGUUGAACGAACCAAUCAGUGUUCAAGGGUGUACUGUUGAACCCUCGUCCCAGCUCUCUAUAUCUGUUUAUUUAAGGCGUUGUCGCACUUUCAAGUCAGUUAUAUGCUCGCUCAUAUAGUACUUACAAAUGUUCAAAACUCAACUAAUUUAACAUUAUCUUAGAGGAAAACUUUCGAACUAUUAGCAUAUGAACUUAGUUUUACGAUUAAUGCUGAAUUACAAACAGAAAACGCCAGAGUAAGAUUUGGUGAGGUAUAACAAUACCGCGCACCAACAUACAAUCUUUUUGUACACGUGCAAUCUUUCACAUGUGCCUAAGUAUCUUAUUAGUAUGACCUUGGGCGUCAAAUACCAGUAUGUGUGGGAAUGUUUAUAUCUCUAUCACAAACUCAGUGAUACAUGUUUGUGAAAACUGUUUUUGAUACAAUCUUGUACAAUUUAAUAACAACGCUUGUUGACUAUUUACUUAAUCUGGCUAUCUUGUCAAUACACACAUACAUGAGAACCCUAAAUAUAGCUUGUUAACGCAUAUAUGACUCGGCUGAUAUGAUCGAAUUACCCGAGUAAUAUGAUCGGAAUCGCCCGCUCCAUUUAAUAUAACGAAGUAAGUAGUGAUUUCAUGAUGGCACCCUCACAUGGUACAGAUCUUCUAUAAUUUAUAUAUGAAUAAUUAUAUAAAUUAUAUUGUAUCAUUGAUUUUAUCUUUAAAGCAUAUAUACUUUAAUAUUAGUUGUCUGUUCAUUUACUAGUUCACAGGCUGAAUGUGGAACUUGGUCGCUAUCAAGCCAAAUAUCGAUCCUUAUCGCCUCAGGUAUAUAAUUAGCCUAGUAACUUCUUAUUAACCGAUCGCGAGGUCUGUACAAAGAAAUAUCGGACCGAGGUUUUUUUUGUACAGAUCGAGCCCGUAGCGCGAGGUUUAUACAAAAAGACCGAGGUCCGAUAUUUACUGUAUCUGUACAUACCGAGCAUGCAAGUGAGGUUAAUAAAAAGUUUAUCAUAUGACAUUUAUAGGCAUUCAUACUUGACACAAACAAGAAAUGCAUGAUUUGAAAUGCAUAUUAGUAGCGUGGUAUACAUUUGGUCGAAAACAAAAAUAACAAUGUAAAAACCUUCGCAGAUAUCUUAUAAAUUAUAAUUUUCAAAUUUUCAAUUAAAUUUGCUGUUUUGUUUUAAAAUUCAUGCGUUUGUUUUUACGUCAUGGACCGCCAGUCAUUACGAGAAACUAUAAUAGACCGCUGAAAGUGCUUCUCAGGCAAUCACAGAAGGGCGUUGUGCCCAAUCUAAUGCAAAUUUGCCCAAAAAACGAGGUUAGUCCAUUUGAUAUGAUAAGCACACCGACGUUUGAACUGUAACUAACUAGUGGCCUUACUCGGCCCUUUUAAUGAUAAUAGUUUCGCCGAGUAAAAUUACUGAAAUUCGCCCAGCUCUUAAAUUGCACUUUCUACAAACUUACUUUUUACACAUCUUUACAAACGAAGGACGCGGAAAAAACUCACUUGCCCCCGCUUGGCUUUCCUGUAAAUUAAAUUGAUCACAUUCCCUAACAUAAAAUUAAAUUGCAUUAAAUUAAAACUUGAUCAAUAUGCCAACUAACAACUUGCAUGAGUACAAUAUACUAUGUGUACGUGUUUUUUCCCUUCAAUUAUUUGCAUGACAAUAUUACUGAAUUCUGAUUGGUGAGAGCAGUACUAUUAUUUCAUUAAUUGUACUCCAGUAACAGGAGUUGCACUUGGGGAUCAGUUUGAGCGAAAGUAUUCAAAAUGGUGGCUUAACAGCUAGGAGUGUCAAUUUCUUUGGGGUUUUUUAACAAUUUUUCUACGCUGUCACAUGAUUAUUUAUUCUAUAGUUUGUCACGGUAAAUAUUUUUUUAAAUAUUCUAGGAAGUUGAUCAAAUGUUUAAAACUGAAGAAAGUCAACCAGCGUGGCUUGUAAGUACCGUAUUAUUAUUAGAAUAAUGAUGAUUAGCAUAUACUCGGGAGGUGGUUAGUAUUUUUCUCCCAUUUUGAUUGGCUGCUCAGCUCCGAAUAUUCUUGCACUAUAUUGACCUCUGGACAAAUACAAAAUGGCUUCCCGUUUCGUUCUGGUUACAGACGAGCGAAUGUUUGUACGAAACAAAGGUGCGGUUUCGCCAAACACGAAGAAAGCUAAAUGUUAAAAUUGACGAAAUGGUGUAAAUACUGUCUUGUUUACAACCACUACGGGAGCUGAAAUGCAAGUUGUUUUAAAAAUAUAUAUAUAUAUUUUUUUUGUCAUUUUUGUUUUGUUGUGGUAUAUGCUAAAACAAUUAUUCACCUCGGUAUCGGUGAAUAGUGCAAGGUUACUCACCUCAACGCUUCGCGUUUCGGUGAAUACCCUUGCACUAUUCAUCGACACUGAGGUGAAUACUUGUUAAUUAUUUGUCAUCACUUGUUGGUCUGUCACAAAUCUCUCGUUAUCAAACUGCAUGAAUGACGCAUCGUCUCGCGAAAGUAUUUACUGUACUUCAUGACAGCAGUUUAUUGUUUAAGGUAAACAAGAGGUAUAUAGCACCACUGUUGCUAGCUUAUGACGACCGCAUUAAAGAGAAGCAAGCAAUGUUACAGACGUACGAG